AGUCGAUUAGCAUUACAAGGAGAAAGAGAGAAUCUGAAGAAAUAGAACGAAGCGUGGCACUAAUCACGUUGCUCGUAUAAUUGAAUCAUUGACCACCUCCCGGGCAGCAGGAAAACGCGAAUCGGAACCUGUUCCCACAAUGGACGGCGUGGACGGUGACGCUGUGUCGAUGGACGGGUCGCUCGUGCUUCUGGCAAAGGCCGCCACCGUGGCCAGUUGCAUCGUGACGUUCACUCCUCUCCCCUACGUGUACCACAUCAUCGUUACGGACGGGGACUCGAUCGCGGAAAUGACGAAGACUUUUCGGCAGAAGAUGAACUUCUGCCUGCCCUACGUGUUUUUGUACAUGAGUGCGUUGUUCUGGACCUUCUACGGGUACACCACGGAAAACAGCGACAUUCUGUUCAUCAACGGUCUCGGCGUGGUGUGCUUCGUCGUGUACCUGGCGGUCAGCACCUACUACAUCGAGAAGAACAUCGCGAAGCAGCGUUUGGAGGAGCUGAAGUUGGCCGCGGUGAACAAUCAGUACGAACAGCGGCUCGACGUUUUUGCCUCCUCCGCGUCGUCCCAGAAGGAGCGGGGAGACGACGUCCCGGAGCAGGUCACCUUCUCCCCCGAGCGUCCGCCCAACGACUCACCGAUGUCGUGUUCGACUCCGGCGCCAGCGCAUGCGGCGGAGUCAAAGUCCUCGUCGAAGUCCUCCGCCAGUGCGGGGGGGCCCUUCGGUGUCCAGCGGGGAAGCUUCGAGCGGGAUGAUUUGUUCAGCUACGCAAAGCUGGACUCGAUGUUCGUGUGGGGGCAGAGUGGGGGCGGGCGCUCCCACCAAACUGCAAAUAUUAGCUCCUCGUCCUCCUCGGGAAGUAGCGAUCAGGAGUCGCAGCUGUCUGGCUCGAUGAAACAUUCCACGUCGUCGAAACAAGCGGAUAUGAACUUUCACAGUGGCACGGAAAGCAGUUCCACCACGGUUGGCGGCGCGCUCUCGAGUACGGUGUCCGGCAGCCUGCAGGCGACGUCUUCGUCUUCUUCCUCCGACGAUGAGCAGCUCGGAGCAUCGUCGACCUGGACUCCAGGUCGUACAGCCGCCGAUCUGGAGCAAGGGGCUGGCCACGAAGAACAGCACCCGGCAAUAAACUUGUGUACGGACGAGACCGAACCGCUCCUGUCCGGUGGGAGCAAGGCAGCGUCAGCGCACAACGACGAAAGCUGCCAUGGUGCGCACCAGCCGCACGACUUUUUUUUGCAAGACGGUGCUGGGACGAGGUCCUCGAAACAUGUUGGUGCCACUGCAUCUACUUCGGAGGACCCGGUUAUGUUUUUCCAGGCGGAAGAAAAAGUGAAGCGGCGGAUGCAGUUUUCCUUUCUGUCGGCUUUCAACACGACCAUGGUUCUCGGGACACUGCUAUUUUGUGUGGGCGUCCUGAACAUGAACGCGCACGAAGACCACGCACAGAAGUUGCUCAUCCAAGAAGUCCACCACCAGAAGCACUUGCGCGAAGAAAUCAAGGGCGAGACCACGACGGCUGUCGCGAAGCAACACGACGUCGGACAGCAGGACAUCGUAGAGGCGAAACCUCCCGCAGGCGAAGCGAGCGUGGUUUCAUCUCAGCAGAGCAGUGCACAGACGAUGACCAAGGAGGUAUCUCCGAAGCCGGAGAGCGGUGUUGACGCGGUGAAAGUGCAAGCAUCGGAAGAAGGGACUCGUGCGUCGGAAGCGGACGCUAGUACCCCCCAGAGCCAACAGCCUCUGGAAGGCGCACCUUCACACGUCAGUGAGGAAAACAGCGCGGUUCGUCAGGUGAACGUGGUUCGGGAAGGUGAUCAAGCACCACGGGCAUCAGGGGUACUAGAUGCCAAGCCCGUUGUGAAAACCGCCCUGCGUGGCACGUCGCGGAGCAAUGCACGCGCUUCAGGCACAGCAGGUAUCGCUUUGCCCAACAAGUCCGAUGUUGAGCCGGUUCAAGUGGCUGCAGCUGAAAACCCUACAACUGUUGAAACGAAUAAGGGCGGCUCCACGCCGCAACCGACCGAAAAACGGAUGAAAAAAGACGAGUCAGUUUCGAUUGUGAUCAAGAAUGAACCUGCGAAGGCGCCGACAGGUGGGGCAGAAGACACGAAAACCGGAGAAAAGAACAACGGGGCAGCUGCAAGUGACGAUGGCGACACCGUGUUAGUGAUUCACAAAGGAUCAGCAGAUGCGAGUAGCGGGGGACCCACUCCGUAUUUUGGACUUUUUUUGAUUGUUGUUUCAUCACUGCGCUCAUCAAUCCAUGUAUCAUGUGCUUGUUUCCUGUGUUGGCACGACAUACAUAUUUGUGAACUUCAUCUUCGCAGGUCUACGUCGUCUUCUCGCGAUGCGACCGACGCCGCGGCGCCGAAGGAAAUUGCUGGUGCGCAAUCUGCUAACGGCGUUCCGCAUGAGAGCAUCCCGGUCAGUGGCGCGAUCGGAGAUGACACUAAAUCCGGCAAGGUUGCGAGUGAGGCCGAGCAGCGCGACAAAGAAGCAGGAGACAUUGUGGUGAGUAUUCACCAUUCGUCUCCGAAAGUACACGAGGAUCGGAAUUCUGGAGAGGUACUGCAAGAAUCGACUGGGAACGCGCAGCCAGAGUCCGAAGGCGUCAGGCGUGGCGCAGCGGGGCCCGACCCGUCCGUUGCCGCCGACAAAGGCAGCACCGACAGCAUGGGACAAGACGCGCCUACUCGAGUUGCAGCAUUGUCUUCGUCCGGGGGUCAGGAGCGGGAGGGGCAGGCCCGCGAAACCACAGAAGCAGCGAAAAGUGGAACUAACGUCGUCGAGAAAACCGACGACCACGGGACAACCGUGGUAGUGGGAAAAAACGAAGUCACCAUCAAGAUCGGAAAUAAUCAGCAAGACAAAAAGGUUGACGUUGCCCCCCCGAGCUCCACCGCCCGCAAAGAUCAGCAGGAAGCAGCGUCUACGGUGCUGCCGGCGGUGCCUGCACCGGAAAAGAAGGACUUGAAAUUGCUCGACGACGCAGAGGAUGUGGACUCAAAAUUCACGACGAAGGCGUUGGUGGAUCGCCUCGUCGACGAUGCACCCGCCUCCGCACCAGCCAACAAGGUGGACCAACAAGAGCAAACGGGGAGUCAGAAGGCAGACGCACAGGUUCAUCAAGGCGUUGCAAACGUCCUGCCGGCACUGCAGAAGUCUACUGCGACCAGUGGCCGAGUAGAGAUGUUGAAACAAGGCGCAACGUCGGCGCCGGCGCUCGCUGCAGCUGAAAACGCAGAUGAUUCAUCUGUGGCGCCACCGUUGUCGUGGCUGCAGGUCCGUUCUAUCCCGCAGACCUCCAUCGAGAAGGAGGGGUUGGGCCUGUCCGAACAGAAAAACGGUCCCGAGCAGAAGACGGAGGCAGACAGCAUGCUGGACUCCAUCCCGCACAUAGUGGUCACUUCGAAAACGCUAAUCUUCUCCUACCUCGGGAUCAUCGUACUACUACGUGUUUGAUUCGUAUGAUAGAUUUGAUGAGUGCUGUUGAGUUAUCGUGCAUGUGGAUCAUCAGUGCUAAUACGUUCCAUUCCACUUGAAAAAAUUUGAAUUUCCAAACAGUUCAACAUUUUCGUGUACAUCGUGCCCUGUGCGCAGCUCCUGGAUGUGAUUGAGACGGGUGAUCCAGAUCUGUUCCCGCUCCCACUUCUCACGGCGGCGGGUUUGGUGAGUAACGCCUUGUGGGCGGAGUAUUCGCUGAAGAUUCACUCCAUUCCCUAUCUGAUCCCGAACUUGAUCGGAGUGAUCUUCAACUUCUUGCAGAUCACAGUUUUGUGCUACUUCAUGUGGGGGGCCGCCGUCGCCUCCUCGUCUGCACCACCUCUGAAUGCGGAAAAAAUUCUGAACGGCAAGUCCGCGUCGCCGGCCACACAAAACGCCAACUACAACAGUCCGGGAAGUUGCGGCGUCCGCAAUCCAUCAAAAACACCACACCAGCAGCAUCUCAUCCUGUAAUUUUCAAUCAAAACGCGUCUCGGUUUCCGAGAAACAACUUUACUACUAUGGUGCGAUACAAGGCUUAAUACAUCAUUGCAGACAAGAAAGUUUGAACUUUUCUAUCAGUACGCAACUGCUGAGGAUUUUCAUUUCCAGCGCAGGUUUGCAACUUGAACUUGUCUUCUACAACCCCGAUUUUCAUUUUGCUUUUCCUUUUCCAUAUCGAUAUUUAAUCUUCAUCGAUUGCGAUCAGCGCUGCGUGUGCGUCGCAAUCGAGAACUUUCUGUGCAAGAAUACUCCACUUUGAAUUUCCAGCGUUAAGAAUACAGAUUUUCGCUUCGGCGUCACAGAGGAACGGUCGUAUCGUAAACGUGUGAACACUCCUAGUAGUGGCGUACG